CUAUCACAUAGAUAUGGUGCACGUUAGCACGGAGCGUGCGUCCUCCAUUACGCAGCGGAAACGAACCCCCGCCAUCUCUGCCGUGCGGACCAAAGUACUGACACGUCUUCUUGACUCUCUUCACUCUCUUCUUCACUCCUUUUAUAUUGCGUUGACUCCCCUCCCUCUUCAUCGAAACCCUAACAAACACUACUGCGUAUCGAUAUUUGUUUCUCUUUUUCGUUCUUAUUUCUCCAACUCCGUAACAGAUCAUUUUUCUGAACUCACGGUUAAUCAAACGGACAUUUCAAAAUGCGAAUUCUGACGCCUCGGAGCUUCUCGAUCGGUAGAAAUUUUCUUAGUCCCAGUUCAGACGUUUCGGGGCUGAGAGGCAUCGUUACCAGCUGCAGAGCCGUCGUGCUUCCGCGGUUCGGUGGGCCGGAGGUGCUGGAACUCCGUCCCAAUCUGGAAGUCCCCGCUCUCAAAUCCAAUGAGGUUCUCGUCCGCGCUCGUGCCGUCUCCAUUAACCCUCUCGAUACCAGAAUGCGAUCAGCCUAUGGUCGUUCCAUAUUUGAACCACAUCUACCUCUCAUUUUGGGUCGUGAUAUUAGUGGUGAAGUUGCAGCGCUUGGAGCUUCAGUUCGGUCACUAAGGGUUGGGCAAGAAGUUUUUGGUGCAUUGCAUCCAACUGCCAUUAGGGGUACUUAUGCUGACUAUGCAAUUCUUUCUGAAGAUGAGCUUGCUCCGAAACCUGUUGCAGUAACACACGUGGAGGCAAGUGCCAUUCCUUUUGCUGCGCUGACAGCAUGGCGUGCCUUAAAAGGUUCUGCUAGGAUAAGUGAGGGGCAAAGAGUAUUAGUGGUGGGUGGUGGAGGAGCAGUAGGGUUUGCCGCAAUUCAGCUUUCAGUAGCUGCAGGGUGCCAUGUUACGGCUACUUGUGGAAGUCAAAGUAUUGGUCGAGUAUUGGCAGCUGGUGCGGAGCAGGCAGUUGACUACACUGCUGAGGACCUUGAAUUGGCAAUAAAAGGGAAGUUUGAUGCUGUUUUGGACACCAUUGGUGCACCAGAGACAGAAAGAAUAAGUAUCAACUUUUUGAAGAGAGGUGGCCACUAUAUGACACUUCAGGGUGAGGCGGCAUCUUUGGCUGAUAGGUAUGGGCUAGCAAUUGGACUUCCUUUAGCCACAGCUAUUUUAAUGAAGAAACAAAUUCAAUACCGUUAUUCUCAUGGAAUAGAAUAUUGGUGGACAUACAUGAGGGCUGACUCAGAAGGUUUAGAUGAGAUCCGCAGACUCUCAGAAGCUGGGAAGCUGAAAAUGCCAGUGGAAAAAACAUUUCCCAUCACGCAGGUUAGUGAGGCUCACAAGGCCAAAGAUGAGCGGCACAUUCCCGGUAAAAUAGUGUUGGAACUUGACUGAAUAAUAUUUAACGAUUUCUUAUUGAUGUUGUGGGAGACUAAAAUCUUCAACACCUAAAUGCCAUUCCAUUGAAAUUUAAUUUUGGCUGUGGAUACUGCAAUGUCAGCCUUUUCUUGUACAAUAAGUAAUAGGAUUUUGCAUAGGAGUUGAGCAAGUUUUGAUGGUGGAAACUUUCUAUCGAAUUGGCAAUCUUUAAAUAUCUGAGAAUCUUUAUCA